AGCAGAGGCUUAUUACUCUCUCCGGCGGCGAUUCUCUGACUCCGGUAAAGCUCCUUCUUUCCUAUUUGCUUUCCUCCUUAUUAUUAUAAUAUUCCUCCGCAGUGUUGCCCUUAAUUUCGCUUCUCUCUUUUUCUUUGUUCGAAUGGUUUUCGCUGAAUAAUUACUCCAAUUUCUCAGUGUUGUGUACAUGUAAUCAGAUUGAAAUGUAUUGUUCUUAUUGGUUGUAUUGAUGAUAGCGAAUUGGGUUUUGCAUUAUAUUGGUGGGGGGAUUGUUUAUCUCUGUUUUAGGGUUUUUGAUUGCAGCUCUUAUGAUUGAAUAAUGGAAAUUAUGACCAAAUUACAAAUGGAGAGAUGCAAAGGUUUUAUCUUUAGCUGAAAAAGGCAUGUAAUUUCUGUGUUGAAUGUCAGAUUUCUAUAUUGCAAUGAUGAAUUUCUGUUGUUGUUUAGUUGUCAUGUACAUUCAUAUUAUGUGGAAUAGUAUUGAUUCAAUGCAAUGUUUGGAAUUGUGUUUGCAGAUAGCUAGGUUGUUGUAGAUGGAUAAUGAGGGUAGUGUUCAGCGACUUCAGCCUAAGCAGGAACGUUCGAGGACGAGGUGGACACCGGCCCUCGACAAGACAUUUGCAGACUUGGUUUUGAAGCAGAUUCAAUUGGGGAACAGGCCAAACAAUGUUUUCGACAAGAAAACGUGGAAUACUAUCCGCGAUGAGUUUAACAGGCAAACCGAUCUCAACUUCAACAACAACCAAUUGAGGAAGCACCUGGAUGUUCUAAGGACGCGGUUCUACAGUCUCAAGUCGGCUCAUAAUCAGACUAAUGACUAUGCUUUGGAAGAUCCUUGUUGUAUUGAGUUUGAUCAUCUAUGGGCAGACCUAGGGGUACAGCAGCCGAGGCCUGAAACUACAAAAGUAAAGGAUUGUCCCAUAUAUGAUCAGCUGUGCACAAUAUUCACAGACUCAGCAGCUGAUGGGAAAUACGCUCAAUCUAGUCAUUAUGAGGGGUUGGACAAGUCUGCAGGAACAAAAAAUGCUGGUCUAAGUUCAUUUCCUGAUGCUGAAGCCCCUCACUCUGCCAAUCCGCCAUCCUCAAGACCUGAGCAAGGAAACACGUUAUUAGCAGAAAAGGUGACAAAGGUUGCAGUAGAAAGGAAAAGGAAGCGGACAUCUGAUGCACAGUCAUCUGAGGUUCAAAGCAGAAGGGAUCAAGAAAAAUGUGAUGCUAUGGCAAAAGCCCUACAAGAUAUGAUUGCAGCCUCAAAGCUGAGGGCUGCAGCAACAAUGCCCAUAGACGACAAGUUUAGCAUAAGUAAUUGUAUAAGAGCAUUGGACGAGAUACAAGACAUUGAGGAACAGCUUUACUUUGCUGCAGUUGACCUGUUUGAUAACCCUAGUUUGAGGGAGACAUUCAUCUCUCUAAAAGGUGAUCAUAUACGGUUGACAUGGUUACAAGGGAAGUGCAGUAAAACUACCCACAGUUAGGUUAUGGCAUGAACUUCCUGAAUUUUGUGGCAGUAUAGAAUGUAUCCUUAUGGUCAGUUUUUGUUUUAGAUGUACAGUUAGUCAGCUAACUUGUUCAUGCAUUAUAUGGCUUUAUUAAGGAGAAAGAAAAAGGGAAAUACUUUGUUCAUAGAUCUUUCUUCACAGGUAACCUUUGUAUAUGCAAAGAUUA